GUGUGCAUAUGCCCGAUUUGCAGGCAUGGCAACGAUCCCACAACAAGGGAUAUCAACCGGGCAUCAAAUCACAAAUCAAAUUGCGACACCUUUGCUAACUAUUCCGGACUUUGUAUAGCAUUUUGUAAAAGAUGGACAAUCAUGUUUAUGGAGGUGGCCCCCAGCAGCAACCCAACGGUAUCUUACCACGACCUCCAUCCCAUUCACGGAGACCACAACCAUCGCCCCCUCAGCAGCACCAAAUGGAACCGGCUGACCUCUUAGAUGACGAAGAUAACGAAUUUGGAGGAGACAGGAGAGGAGGUGGCGACCUUAGUUUGGAGCCUCAGAGACCAGCCCCUCCACCCGCGUCGAGAAGCAGCAGGGGACACGGCGAUAGGGAAGUAUCCAGGUCAAACUCUCGUGAAAAGGAGUCUAGUAAAAUAUCUGGAAUAGCUCCAAAAUUUUUAAAGAUUGCUGUGAUUGGUGAUUCUACAGUUGGAAAAACAUGCCUGUGUCACGCGGUCACACUGGAAUCUUACACAUUCAACAAAAAUUAUAAUCUCACCUGUGGAGUUAACGUAUACCCAAAAGCUGUCAAAGUACCGGAUCAAGCAACGGGUGAUCCCGAAACAAGUGUGGAACGUCUCAACAUGGCGUUAUUGGACUCUUCUGGAAAAGAUGUGUAUUUAGACUAUCUCCCGAAAUAUUGGGACAAGUUGGACGGCUUCAUUUUGGUUGUGGACCUUACCAAUCCAGCCUCACUUACUAAUGCGGAAGACUGGGUCAAAUUGGCUUUGAGUUCCUGUCCGAAGGGUAGCAGCGAAGUCCUUGGAAUCCUAAUCGGGAACAAAAUGGAUCUCUCCGAGCGGAGAAAAAUCAGCCCAACGACAGCGCAAGAGUUUGCAGCAAAACAUAAUCUCCAGUAUUUCGAGUGUUCAGUGAAAGAAAAUUCAGGACUGGAAGACCCACUGUUUUUCUUGGCACAUAAAUACACGACAACAAUUGGUUUGUCAUCAAAUACAGAUGACAAGGAAAAUGUGGACAGAGGAAAAUAAAUUUAUACUUUAUUUGUAAAAAGACUUACACACUAAUUACUAGCAUAUAGUAUUAUUAAGUAAAUAAUUAAAUAUGAUGUACUACUGACCCCGGACCAAGUCGUUAUGAUUGUCAUCUAUUCUUUUGUAAAUUGUUUCGUUGGUGUUCUGGUCAGAAAAUAAAAACGAUUUCGGGGGUGGACCCCUUGAAUGAA